UUAAAGUUUAAGUUUAUGGCCUUUGACCUCUUUAAAUUUCAUAUCGUCGAUGAUCACCUGGUAACACGGACCCGGUUCUGGUGUCCUGGUUCCGGUCCGCUUGAACCCAGAGAUGAAGGCAUCAUGGCGCCACCAGGUGAAUCCCAGAGGAGAAGAAGGAAGGAGGAGGAGCUGAGCAUUCAUGGGAAGGAUGGAGAGACUGAAGGUCAGAGGAGGAAGAGGAGAAGGUCAGCAGGUCAGCUGGAACAUCUGGAUCCGGUCAGUCUCAACCCUCCUGAGGAAGAGAAGCAGGUCUUCCUCAAGAGGAAGGCAAAGAAGAAGAGAGUCACAGGUGAGGAACAGGAGGUCGCUCUUCCUCCCACUGCUGACCUGAUGCAGCAAGAAAAGAAGAAGAAGAAGAAGAGACGUGAGGUGGAACCUCCUGCUGCUGGUGACCUCAACACUCAGAAGAAGAAGAGGAAGAAGACAGAAGGGAGAGAAGAAGAAAUGAUCUGCCUUCCUCCUGAUGGACCAACACAUGACCACAAGAAGAAGAAGAAAAAGAAGAUGAUGACAUCACAGCAGGAAGAUGAAAACCACGUUUGCAUCUCCAUGACAACAAUCUCUCCAGGCCAAGAGGAAGCUCUAGAAGCUGAGCGAACCAACCUCAGCAACAAGGAGAAAGAGAAGAAGAAGAACAAGAAGAAGAAGAGCAGCGGGACGGGCUCAACUCAGAAAGAGACGAAGAAGAAGAAGAAUACAAAACCACAGAAGAAGAAAACGGAGCGAGGAGAUCUGAGCUGCAGGCCAGAAGAAGGGGUGGACUGGGCUCUGGUGGAGGAGCUCCAGGACUAUCUGCCCCACAUCAGGAGGAAAUGCCUCAACCAGAUCAAGAAGAUUUUGAGAAGUGACCUCCAUCGCUUCAGGAAGUUCAAGCAGGAAGGUGUUCCGGCCCGUUUGGGUCGGUUCUCUGUGCAGGAGAACCAGCAGAUCAGGGAGAACAUUUCGGACUUCCUGGUUCUGACCGGGAUCGGUUCUGUGGAGAAGCUGCUGUUCCCUCAGAGGUUUGUGGAGGAGCAGGCGGCCAUCAGGAGGCUGAAGAAGCAGCACGGCUUCAUGGAGCGGAUCGCGGAUGGAAUCCCCCGGCCGUGUCACCAGGUCUACCUUCGGGCCUUGAAGAUGUUUGAUGAGAAGAACCAUAUGGGCAGGUUCUCCAAGGAGGAGCUGGCGGCGCUGAUCCGGUUCCAUAAUCUCUAUGGCAACAACUGGAAGCUGAUUUCACAGAAGAUGGACCGCAGCGUCUACUCGCUGCAGAAACGCUUCGCUGCACUCGCUGUGGAACAAGGCGCCUGGACCGGCGAGGAGGAGCGGCGGCUGAAGCUGGCGGUCCGGGAGCGGCUGGCGAGCCGGGCCGGUCCCGAUGGUUCCAGUUUGAGCCGAAACCAGCUGAGCCAAAGUCUUCCAUGGGGGAAGAUCAGCCAGGAGGUCGGGACCCGGUCCUGGAUCCAGUGCCGCGGCAAGUGGUUCUUCCUCCUGGAUCGUCGCAUGACGUUUUACGGAAACGUCUUCAACAGAGGAGCAGAGGGCUACGAGGCCAAAAUCUGCCUUAUCAGCACGUUAUACGACAUGUCGGUGGACGACAUCGCCGACGUCGACUGGGAGAAGGUCGCUGCAGCUGUGGGUGAUGUGACCCCAUGGAGCGUCCAGCGAAUGUUCAGCAGGCUUAAACAACGUAAAGUUCCACAUUCCCACUUGUUGUCUUUUGGAGAGAUUGUCGACUUCCUGUACCACCGAGUGGUUCCUGUCCUGCAGAAGCGACUGAGGUCUUUGGACGGGUCGGCGGAGCUACAGGACCGCUGCAGCCAGGACAGGUACCAGCUGUCGGACAUCUUUAACUCAGACCUGGAAGACGACAGUGAGAUGGACGACAUCUGACCUCCAAUCAGAAUACAGGGAUUAUUUGAAAGCCCCACGUCAUCUGUGAGUGGGAUGGGCUGCAAUCAUGGACAGGAAGUGGACUGUUGGAUGCUUUUAUUUUGGAAUCUUGCAUAUGCUGACCAGAUUUGACUGUUUUUAACUUUGUUUUAAAUCAGUUUGACAGCUGAGCUGACUGAGCGUCAUUAUCUUUCUACUUCCACUAAAUGAUGAUCAAUAAAUACAUCAGAAACA